AAUAUCUAAUACUGAUACAAGCUUGUGACACAUCCGCAGCAAAGGCUAGAAUCAGGUGUUGAUUUAAAUGAUCGAUUGAGAAGUCGCACGCGGCCAAACGUUUUAACUCAGGCCUCCAACUUUGUCAUUCAAUAUUUCCAUUCCAAACUACAUCUUCAUUCUUCUUAAGCUACCUUAUAUCUCCCUACGUUGGACUCUAUAAUUUCCUCAUACUCGUAUACUAUAUUACCCCUCAAUCUAUUAUUCCAUCACCAUCAUGGCUUCUAACCUCACUGUUCUGGUGAAGAAUAUUAGCGCAGACGCGAGCGACAACGAAGUUAGGGACUUCUUCAGCUUCUGUGGCAAGAUCACUGAGAUCAAGGUCACGCCGGGCGAGGGUAAUACGAAAGAUGCCAGCGUCACCUUCGAGAAGGAGACUGCCGCUAAGACUGCGCAGCUCUUAAAUAAUACCCAGCUCAAAGGAUCGCAGAUUUCUGUAGUUCCCGCCGAUGGUCAAGUCGAUGAUGGCACCCCUCAUACCACCAAUGCCGAUCGAGAUACCGAUGAGAUUACGCAGGAGGAGAAGCCAAGAAGUCGUAUCUUGGCCGAGUACCUUGCUCAUGGUUACGUCGUCGGCGAUGCUGCUCUCCAGCGUGCGAUCGAGCUUGACCACACGCACGGCGUCACUAACCGUUUCAUGAAUACCUUAAUGAACCUCGACCAGAAGUACCACGCCACAGAACGUGCCAAGGCGACUGACCAAUCGUAUGGUAUUACGAACCGAGCCAAUAGUCUCUUUAGUGGCAUCAGCUCGUACUUCGAGAAAGCGACAAGCUCCCCUACUGGCAAGAAGCUGGUUAAAUUCUACACCGAAGGCCAGCGUCAAGUGCAAGACAUCCAUGCCGAGGCGCGCCGUCUAGCUAAUCUCAAGAAGGAGGAGCAUGGCGGCUCUGCAUACAAAGCCUCAGGGCUUGAGAGGGUUUUCGGCAAGGAGAAGGAACAGGCAACACAGGCAACUUCUGCCGGCGUUGCCAGUGCGCCGACGGAUCCAUCUUCAGUCCCUGCACCCGGCCCGAAGGCUGGCACGGAGGAAUCUACCCCUCUGAGCACGACGGGAGCUAUUCCCUCGAAAGCGCCUGGAGAUGAGAAGGCAUAAAGAGAGAGGAUAUGACCAAUCUGAUGCCGUUACGAAUUACAAUGACUCGGAUACUGGGUUGAGUGUAGCUUUGUAUUAGUCGGGUAUGGCAGUUUAAUUGUUUUGUCCACUGCAAUUCCAUGAAUAAACGAGUCUUGCCACUUUUACGUCUUUUGUGGUGUAGUGCCUUACGCGAAUUAAAACACUUGAUCUUUUACCUCUUUUGGCUACAACUGGUACAACCGGCGUCAUGUACCUGAUUACUUUACGGACUGUAUGUUACCAUGUUGAAUUAUAGAUACAAGUGAAUGGAUUAUGAUUAUAAUGAGAGCACGUGUGCACG